GUGCAAAUGUGCACCACAGUGUGAAAUGACGUGUUGGCGAACAGCAGGUUUUGAUGGAGAAGAUGUAGUUUGGGUGAAGAGAGAGACUCUCGUCCCUUCACUGUGAUUGGUCAACACCGCUUGACGACUGGACCAAUCAGCGAGGAUUUAGUUCGCCCCAUCCAACGUGACGUGCGGCGCGGAGAUUACACACGGAGCCUCUCCAGCCAAGCAGUGUGUGCUUCGUGGAUGCUGCUAUGGUGUGUGCACCGUCGACAAUUUAGCGGUGACUGCUCGCGUUUAUUCAAGAGGAGAAGUAAACAAAGGGGCUGUUUACGCAUUGGAGAAUAUGAGUAAAGUGGACGCGCCAUGCCGUCCCAGCGCCUCUCUCAAAUUCACCAUUGACAACAUCCUCAACCUGAAAACAAGCGGGCGAGGCAGUGACAGCUGUCACCCCCAAGGAGAGCACGAUGUCUCGGCUACGGCGACGUAUCAAGGCCGCGUCCCGCAGAGCAACCCGGAGGGGCCCGCAGCCCAGCGCAGGCACGAAUCGGACGAAAGCGACUUUACCCAAGAGAAUAACCGGGCCAGCGACAUUCACGGUCGGGCUGCGGAGACGCGUUUCGAGAGCGGGGACAGUAGUUGCGACGACUGCAGCUCCACCACCACGACCACGGAGAUUCUUAAAGCGGACAGUCCCACGAAAAAGAGUAAAUUGAUCACGAAAAAGAAAACGCGCACCAUUUUUUCCAAGAGACAGAUCUUCCAGUUGGAGUCUACGUUCGACAUGAAGCGCUACCUGAGCAGCGCCGAGCGCGCCUGUCUCGCCAGCUCUCUGCAGCUCACCGAAACGCAGGUGAAGAUAUGGUUCCAGAACCGCAGGAAUAAGUUGAAACGGCAAAUCUCGAGUGAAAUCGACGGACCGGUGAGCGACUUCCAGGAGACGGUGAAGCCCGUGGUGGUGGGUCAGCUCCCCGCCCUGUACAAGGAGAGCAGCUUGCUGGGGAGGUGCCUGAUGCCCAUGCCAUUGCCCGUCGUGUACCCGGGUUCGAAUACGCCUUACCUCUGUUUCUCCAACACCAGCAAGUACUUCAGCCUCUAUGACGGGGACGUAUGACACUGCCACCGAGCCUGCAUGUGUAAACAGACACUUUUGUUUGUGCCAACCGGAGCAUUUAUGGCGUUGCUACGCCUAUCCGAUUCAAAAGGCCGGACACUGGCCCAUCAGUGUUUAAAAGAAGGCUGCAAGUCGUAGGAACAUAUCACAUUCAAAUGAGCUGUUUUUUGGUAUUAUUUAUUUCUUAGCCUGGCUUUUGUGUAGGCCUAACAUGCACUUAACACCUGAAAAGAGAACCUAUAGCAGGCCUAGCAGAUGAAUAGCCUGCCUGGCCGUGCAUGGCCUCCAUCUGUAACAUCUUCUUGUUUACAUGAUAGCCCUUUCUCAUUCUUAUUGUUAUUAUCAUUAUUAUUCUCAACAACAGCCUAUGCCACCAAAGAAAUUAAUAUACCAUGCAUGCAUUUAUAAUAUCAUGAGGACUUUUGGAUUACAGAAAUUAUAUGUAUUUAAAUGAAUGUCAUUAACAUUUUAUUCACGCAUGUCUAUUUUUUGUCCUGAAGUAUCUUACACCUACGUUAUUCUUACAUUCGCCUUUAGGCUCAUUACAGCAUUUACUGCAACUGUAAUUAAAACCUCUUUAUUCAAGAAAACCUUUACAGCUGAUUCAGUAAUUUCAGGUGGUUGUCUUCGGCUCAGCUCGACCAAGUGUUGACUGUGUUUACUAUAUAAAUUAUGUUUCAGAUUUUACAUAAAGUAAGACCCAUAAAGACUCGUGCAACAAAUCCAAUAUUUCAACAAAACACUCAGGCUUCCCCCCCAAAAACUGUGAAAUUGUUUUUCUUCUCUAAUUCAUAAACAGCACUGUAAGCACACUUAUGAUUCUGGCAUUCCGGAAAUAAGAAAACAUUGACAUGGCUAAAUAAAUAAUAUAAUGACAGAACCCGUCACGUAGUUCUCCUUAAGUAAUGGCUCAUAACACCAACUUCCAUCUAUUAAUUAACCCUUAUGUAUAAAAUAAUAUUUUUUCCGCCAUAUAUUUUUCAGGAUAAAAAACAGACCAAAGUAAUUACGAAUCUAUAGUCGAAGGGAAUGAGUGGACAAAAACGUAAUGAUCAAAAGUGGUACAGCUGCAUGUAUAAUAAUA